AUGGACGAUCAAGUCGAGGUUCCACCGUUAUCAACAUGUAUCAAUAUAUUUGACAUCGAACGAGUUGGCAAAAGCCGUUUGAAUUCCAAAGCACUCGUCUACUACACAAGUACUUCAGAGGACUCCAACUCUUACAAUCUCAACCGAUCUGCUGCCGACUUGGUUCGCUUUCGGCCACGUCUUCUUCGCAAUGUGAGCCAGAUAACCACGAAGACAAGCAUCCUCGGUCACUCUUCAACACUCCCUUUUUUCAUCUCACCCGCUGCACUGGCCAAACUCGGACAUCCUUCAGGAGAAAUAUGCCUCGCAGAGGCAGCAGGUAGACACGGCAUUGUCUAUAUCGUUUCUACGAACAGCAGCUGUACCUACGAGGAAAUAGCUGGAUCCACGGUUCCCGGGCAAACUCUAUUCUUCCAACUCUACGUCAACAAAGACCACGAAAAAACCAAAUCUCUAAUCCAACGCGUCAAAAAACUCGGUUUUCAAGCCCUGGUUCUGACGAUUGACGCCCCAGCACCAGGGAAACGAGAAGCGGACGAGCGCCAGAAAUCCGUUCUUGCCAGCGAUCUUCCAGAAGCUACAUCUGCGGCGACGACGGGCGCCGACGCGAAAGGCUUGGGAGAUGCGUUGCUGGGCUGGACGGAUUCGAGUCUGACAUGGCAAGAUCUAAAAUGGAUCAAGGCCGCCGCAUCGCCGAUGAAAGUCGUUCUCAAAGGCAUCCAAACGUACGAGGAUGCGGUUCUGGCUGCUACCCAUGGAGCUGAUGGUAUCUUUCUCUCGAAUCACGGAGGUCGCCAACUUGACCACGCGCCAUCUUCUCUACAUACUCUUUACGAGUUGCGCAAGCACGCACCGGGCAUUUUUGAGAAGGUGGAAGUUCUUGUGGAUGGCGGGUACAGGAGGGGUACGGAUGUACUGAAGGCUUUAUGUCUGGGCGCUACGGCUGUGGGACUUGGAAGACCUUUUAUGUAUGCUCUGAGCGCUUAUGGAACGGAGGGCGUGAGUAAAGCUAUCGAGCUGCUUCAAGAUGAAGUCAUUACCGGUAUGAAGCUACUGGGUGCGAGGAAUGUAAGGGAACUUGUGCCGGAAAUGGUGAAUGCUUCGUUGUUGGCGAAGGAGGUUCAAGCUCGUCUAUAGAUAUCAUCUCCUUCCGUCUAGAGAGCUUCAUGUACGGAAAAGUGGUAU